AUGGUGCGCACAGUCAUCGCCAGUUGUGACCACGAUUUGGAUCACUUGUCCAUCAUUUGGUCCACUCAAACACUAAUAGAGCUCCGCAUCAGUGAAGGCCAGUGUCGGCAGUUGUGUCGGAAGUACCCAAACCUCCGAGUCUUGCAGUUGCAGUCAUAUCCAUCGAUUUUGCCACAACUCGAGGCAUUGGUUUUGUUGAACCCUUUCCACAAUCAGCCGGAUCUGCCUAAAUAUGACUCAACAGUAUUCCGGUCUAUGAAUCCCGAUAUCCGUGUCAUACAUACCGAUUACUAUCUCCUGUACGGCGAUGUCCUGCAAGAGUUGGCUCACAAACCACUGAAUCGGUUGGAAGAGUUGAGAGUCUCUAACAUGCGGUUUGAGCACAACUUUACGGCUAUAAUCGGACAGCACUUCCAAUCCCUGCGAAGACUAUACCUAUGGAUGGAUUGCUAUGAAGACGAAGACGAGACUUAUGAAGACAUCAAUGAAUUCUUCAGAGACUUGUGUCGACUGAAGAACUUAGAGGAACUCAGUGUGGAUCUCGAAUCAGUUCAUAGUCUGGACUCCAAUGAGAUCCAACUCCUGAAUGGUUGUCCACAAUUGCGAUCACUGACUCUGAUGGCCGACUUCACUACCGGUGUCAUCGAUGCCAUCGAAAAGUACUGCGCAACUCAUCCCAUUCUUCGACGACUACGGGUUUGGCCUCAAAAUUAUGAGGAAAUGACUGUCGAGUCUGUGAAGACAUUCGUUAGGAUCGCUAACCAAAGGCCCGACCUAUCGGUUCGUUGUAUAUUUAGUGAGGAACUGGAGGUGGAUAUUGAAUUGUUAACAUUCAAUAACUUAGAUGACUAUUAUAUCCGUCGGAAAGCCAUUAGACUAUUGUCGGACCUGUUGUACGAUAGGAGUCAUCAGAUUGUUAUGAAACGAUACGUGGAUUCUGUGGACAACUUGAAGAUAAUUAAGACACUGAUGGACAGCGACUGUCUGUACGUGUCUUUCGACGCGUUUCUCGUGUUUCACGUGUUUGUAGUUCACCCUAAUAAGAGUGAAUCGGUGGACAAAUAUAUGGACCAAAAUAAAGUGGAUUUCAUUAAAUUCAUUGAAAACUUUCAAAAGGAUCGCAAAGAUAUGAAACUCUAUGUCCAGGAAAAGGCAAAUAUGAUUAGAAUAAGAGAUCGCAAAGAUAUGAAACUCUAUGUCCAGGAAAAGGCAAAUAUGAUUAGACUGUUAAAUGGCGAGCAAUUGACUAAAGAGCCUAUCAUUAGCACGCAACAGCUACAGUUACCGACGUCAUACUUGCAACAAGACAUUGAACACAUAAACAGUAGAGUUAAGGGACAGAUUCCAAUCCCCAAUCACAUAGUAAUCAGUGACACGACUGGUUAUGCGCGGGGAACUCCUAUUAUCUUAAGAUAUGGGGAGAUAUCAUAA